GGCGCCUGCUCGCUGACCGCUACAGUGACGGUAGACGUUAUUUCCCUGAUGACAAUCAAGCUGUAAACACCAAGAAAUAAAGAACCAACCCUCUCCUGAGGCAUAUCGCAAAAAACAACAAAAUAUUUCUAUACCAAUUCAAUUAUCUGCCCGUUCGUCCGAAAGCAGUCAGUUCAUUGGGAUAACGCGUCAAGAUCCCAUAUUCCCCCGUUCAAAAACUUCCCCACAAGACACCAGCAGCCUCAGCCUUGCACAAGGGCCUCGCUGGGUUCCGCGCGAAACGCGACGCCCGAACUUGCGCGACGCCGACGCUUGAGAACUCCCCCUCACUUCCUCUACCUUUAUCCACCAAAAAGCUGUUGUCGCAGUGACUCGACUUGCGCCUUACAAACAUGGCUAUGAAUCCCCACGAUGCGACGCAAGCCCAGGCCCAAGGGCAAGCGCAAGAUGGAAGGCCACAAGCCAACUACGAUCUAAGCAAAGGCGGCCACUAUGGCGCCAGUUCUCAGCUGGCACAACAAGGCUAUGCUCCAUCAGAGCACUAUACAGGACCUUGGGCCAAUGUGCACCAAGGUCUCAAGGGCCCGUACAAGAACAUUCUAACCACUUAUUGGCAACACACAAUUGAUCACCUGGAGAAUGACACCCACGACUACAAGCUCCACCAGCUUCCGCUUGCCAGGAUCAAGAAGGUCAUGAAGGCGGACCCGGAGGUAAAGAUGAUCUCGGCCGAGGCGCCCAUACUUUUCGCCAAAGGUUGCGACAUCUUCAUAACGGAGUUGACGAUGCGUGCAUGGAUCCACGCCGAAGAGAACAAGCGCCGCACCCUGCAGCGUUCUGACAUCGCAUCAGCCCUCUCAAUGUCGGACAUGUUCGACUUUCUGAUCGAUAUCGUUCCGCGCGAGGAGGCCGCGGGGCACGCCAAGCGGGCAGCGGGCCAAGCUGGUGCCGCCAACGCCGCCGCCGGCCAGCCUCAGAUGGGAGGCAUGCCCGCGCAGAACCACACGCAGCACAUGGGCGCCGAGUACGGCCUCCCUGGUCACCCCAUGGGUGGAGAGGCCGAUUAUCGCCAAGCUCAGAACAUGUACCCAGGUCAGGUCCCGACAGGCGCCCCUAACGCGUACGGCCAGCCACAGCAACCCAUGUACGAGGUGGACCCAAACAUGUAUUCGAGCUAUACGAUGCAGCCUCCCCAAAGCGCUUAGGAGUCCCUUGGUCCACAUGGUUCUGGAUUGGAUCAGCUUGCUGUAUGGGUUCCAGGAACGGAAGCUCAUCCGGCCCUCCCGGCACUUACCAAUUCGGCGGUGUCGGAGAAAAAACAGAGUUCCAUGUUCAUGACCGAGAAAGAAGAUUCCUUGGUGUGAGGGUGGAAAUAUUUACGUAGCACAUUCACGAUAUACGCCAGGUUUCCAACAGAACUCGAAAGAGACCUGGUGAUUUUCUCAAUUUUUGGCCCGGGGGCUUAACUAGUUCCUGGUGUUAAACUGGUAUAUCUUUACAUAUUUUUCUUCUUUUUAUUUCAUAGCACUGUACAUUUGGAGGCGUGGGGGACUCCAUGAUUGGGACGACCUACAGAGACGCCAUUUUUGAGGGAUAUCCAUGAGUGACGGAGUACAUGACGUCGGGUUUUCAACAGACAGCAUUCACUGAGAAAAGAAUUCAUUGAUUUUGGCUUGUGUUGUGUGCUGUAUUCCACAACUCAAACUACCUGAGCAAACUUUCAAAGCGACACUGUCCCUUCCAAAGCUGACAGUAGAUCAGCUGAAACCAAAACGAGAUGAGAAUCCCG